UGGCACAAUCAUUUCGAUAUCAAAAUUGUGAAGCGCCGGAUAGCUUUGGAUUACCUAUCCAGCAUUCUUCCAUUGGCAGCCUCAGGGGCACAGCAUUGCGCGUUGCGCUGUGCGAGGACGCACUUGUCCAAAUCUUGUCUUCCUAAUUCAGCCGGCACAUGACAAGCUGAGCUACGCUGCCCCCGCUGCGGUGCCAUGGAGUUCGAGGACUUUGUCCAGGUCCAUGGCGUUCUGCUGGCGGCGUCGGGGUUGCCCCAGUCCCUGCACAAGGUGCUGCACCAGAAGCUGACGCAGGAUGUGUUUGAUGGGGGGCAGCAUUUCCAGGUGGAGGAGGUGGAGGUGGAAGGGGGGGUGCAGCGCCGCCUCGUCGCGAGCGCAGAAAGGCUGGACAAAGAGAGUGAUGUGUUCCUGGUGGAUCACACCUGGUCAUUCCGGCUGGCGGGUGCGCGCAAGCAGCUGGAAGCAAUGCCGACCCUUGUGGAGCGCAUGGCUGCCCUCAUGAGUGUGGCAGACACUGGCACCGAGGAGGAGGAGGGAGCGGACCCAGACGGUACCAGCCAGUCUGUGGAGGCUGUCCUGACUGCUGCCGAGCAGGCGGCAAGGGAGAAAGGGGCGCCGGUGCGCUGGCUGGAGCUGGACGAAUGCGGGCUGGAUGAUGCUGGGCUGGUGGCACUCAAACUGGGGGAGAAGUACCCGGACCUUGUAGGCCUCAGUUUGUGGGGCAACAAAAUUGCUACUACUGCAGCCCUUCUCGAGGCUCUAGGCGGUCUCUUGCCGCUGCGCGCACUCUGGCUGAACGACAACCCGGUCUACGCCAGCGGGACUGCUGACGUUCUGGAGACGCUUCAACCCCGGCUUCCCUUGCUCGAGGUUUUCAGCAGCCGUGCGACAGACCAUUACUUUUUUUGGGCACUCGGCCUCUUUGCGUCAGUCUACGGUGCCGACGCGCCCGGCGUAGAUGGCGCGAGUGGGCAUCAGCGCCACCCGCUGUGGACUGUGCACGAGCUCGACCUAUCGGGGCGGGGCCUGCAGCGGCUCAAGCCCGAGCUGUUCAACGAGACGGAGGCCCCCACUCUUCAAUCCCUAGACCUGACCGACAACCCCUUAUCGGCUCAAGACGCCUCCGAGCUCGAGACCCUUCUCGCCCGGCUGCCUAGCCUGCAGUCUCUCAAGAUUGACGUCCCUGGCCCGCUGGGCGCGACUCUGAAAGACGUGGCGGAUGCUCUGCCGAAAGUCACUCUGAUCAACGGUCUGGAGCGAGACACGAUACUCGCCGCGAAGGGGUCAACCCCGAUCACGGCUUCCCUGCACCCCCGCCUGCCCACGUGGCAGCCUGGCGAGCCCCUGGUGGAGCGCGUGCUGCGCGCCAUGUGGCAGUUCGUCAACACGUACCGCCUCGCAACCGAGGAAAAAUUGGACGAAACGCCAGUGUGGUACGUGAUGGACGAGCUCGGCUCUGCUGUGCGCCACAGCGACCGCCCCACCGCGGUCUGCAUGCCCUUCAUGUACCUGCCCGACGGCACGCUCAACUCCGCCGUCAGCUACUCGUUGCUGUGGCCGUGCGAGGACCUGCGUCGCGGGGACGAGUGCACUCGCGACUUCCUCAAGGGCAUCACGGAAGACAAGCAGCGCUCGUCGCGCCUCACCGCCUGGUUCCACACCCCCUCCAACUACUUCGAGCAGGUUUUCCAAGACUACAAAAAGAAGCUGGCAGCGGUCUCCCCCCAAUCUGCAACACCACCCCCGGCGUCCGAGGGCCCCGUUCUGAGCAUCCGCCCCGCUGACGGACGUCCGCUCAAGGUCUUCACGGACAUCCGGGAGGGCAUGGACCACCUGAACCGGCCGGAAUUCGUGCAAGUGGACGACCCCCGCGACGCGGACAUCGUGUGGGCGUUCGACCAGAUUGACGAAGCCUCUCGCGCUGCGCUCGGGCUGAGGUCGGACCAGUACAUGAACCAGUUCCCCUUCGAGGCGUGCAUCGUUAUGAAGCACCACCUGGCCCAUACCGUCAAACAGGCCCACGGCGCGCCCGCGUGGCUACAGCCGACGUACGAGUUGGACUCGGAGCUGCCCGCGCUGAUCGGCGACUUCCAGGAGCGCGAGCGCGCGCGCGUGGACAACCUGUGGAUCCUGAAGCCGUGGAACAUGGCGCGCAGCAUCGACGCCAGCGUGACGCGCAACCUGGUGCAGGUCAUCCGGUCGAUGGAGACGGGCCCCAAGAUUUGUCAGAAGUACAUUGAGCGGCCCGCCACUUUCCGCGGCCGCAAAUUCGACCUGCGCCUGGUCGUCCUCCUGCGCAGCGUGCGGCCGCUCGAAGUACUGCUCUACGACGUCUUCUGGGCGCGCUUCUCCAACAACCCGUACACCAUGGACCAGAGCAGCCUCGACGACUACGAAACGCACUUCACCGUCAUGAACUACGGGCGGAAGCUGGAAAACAUCAACAUGGACCUAUUUGUGGCCGAGUUCGAGACGGACCACAACGUCAAAUGGUCGGGCAUCCAUGAGCGCAUACGUGCAAUGCUCCGCGAGGUGUUUGAGGGCGCGGCGCGCGUGCACCCCGAGAUGCACGACCCGCACGCACGCGCCAUGUACGGCGUUGACGUCAUGCUGGACUCCGACAUGCAGCCGAAACUGCUCGAGAUCACCUACUGCCCGGACACGAUGCGUGCUUGCAAGUACGACGUGCCUCGACUACAGGACGGCAAACUUCUGCUGGCGAAGGACUUCUACAAUAGAGUGUUUGGAAGCCUGUUCUUUAGGGAAGAUGACGGCUUCGAAUCACUGUAGCCAGCCUAUCAGAGACAAAGCUCACCGAAGUGUUUGGCAAUGAUAGUCGGUUGCUACUCUGGGACCGCUGCGGAUCGCUUCAAGUCUUCACAGCUUUUCUUCUGUAUCAUCGUCAGUUCAUUCUUUGAACGUCCGGGGUCCAUGCAUCAAUUGUCAGAAAGGCA